AUGGCUGGUUCUAACAACGAACAGGGUGUGGAUGUUGCUGCACUGAUAGAGGAUGACAAAAAUAGAACAAAAAUUGUUUGUCAACUUUGUUCUAGUGUGAUUUUACUGCCAGGGAAGGCAGCGUAUGUGUCGAAAGAGUUUCCUUUGCCACACAUGAAAAAGAAGAAAGAAGGCACUGAUGUAGCUGAUGCAGAAGAGCUGAGUGACUACUGGGUUGUUGAUGACAUGUUCACAUUUGAGAACGUAGGAUUUUCCAACACCGUUGGUAUGAUCAAGUACCUGACGUGUGCAGACUGUGAGAUUGGACCAGUAGGGUGGCAUGAUUUGAACAAUAAGAAAGCUUACUACAUCUCACUGACCAGGGUACAACAUGUGCAGUGA